CGAUUAUCGACUUUCGUUCCAGCUCAUCCGGGAUGGGGGGGUGGACCUUUGCUCAGCAUCUUCGUUCUCUUUUUCUUGAUCAGAGUUCCAAAACGAGAGAGGAGGAUCACCGGUCUCAAUGCCGUGGCUGUCGCUAACAAUCGCUGCUGUUGCCGCCUUUUAACGUCCCUUGUCGAGCCAGCUCUCUGCUUCUCUUCAGCAUUCUUACUGUCGUUCGUUCAUCCGAUUAUAUAAUACGUUUCGACCGCGACGAUGCGCCUCCGGACGAACCGGCCAUGGCUGUCAGCCAUCCUCUCCUCUGCCCUUCUCCCCACCCUCUUCGCUCCUGCAACCGCAGCAGCCGACUCGGUGGCCUCGUCGAAGCGCGGCCUUGUCUUUACGCCUAACCCCAAGUGGCCCGAUGACAACUUCAUCUGGGCCCGCCAGCCGUCGGACCUGACCUGGUACUACAACUACGGCGCGUCGCCCUCGCCAGCGUAUUCGAACCUGACACAGGAGGAAUUCGAGUUCGUGCCCAUGCUGUGGGGCGCCCCGGCCGACGUUUCCGACACCUCUUUCCUCUCCACCGUCAAGGGCCUUGUCAAAGAUAGAAACAUCAACAUCACUCAUGUCAUGUCGUUCAACGAGCCCGACGGCCCGAACAAGUACGGUGGCAGCGAGAUUGAGCCGUCCGUCGCGGCGCAGGUGUGGGUGAAGAAUAUUAUACCGCUGCAGGAGAUGGGCAUUCGGGUCGGGCUGCCGGCAUGCACCGGUGGCUGGGGCGGCUUGCCCUGGACGAAGCAGUUCCUGGGCAACUGCUCCAAGCUGAUCAGUAGCGGGGGAAAGACCAAGAACUGCACCUACGACUUCGUCCCCCUGCAUUGGUACGGCAACUUUGAAGGACUGGCCUCGCACAUUGGCGAAUACUCGGGCGCCUUCCCCAACACCUCCAUCUGGGUGACCGAGUACAACCUCAACGACCAGGACCUGCCCUCGACGCAGUCCUUCUACAACACCUCGGCCGAGUACAUGGACCGCCUCGACUCGGUCGGCCGCUACUCGCUCUUCGGCGCCUUCCGCAGCUCCGUGUCCAACGUCGGCCCCAACGCCGCCAUGCUCAGCGCCGGCGGCCGCCUCACCGACAUCGGCGCCUGGUACCUCGGCCGCCCCGCCACGGGCGUCGACCCCAGCAGCAAGUCGCCCGCCGCCAGGGCGUCGCCCCCGGGUGCGGCCGUCGCCGUCGCUGCCGUUGCCGCGGUGGCUGUCGCGGCGCUGGUCGGCUUCUAGAUUUGGGGUGGUACCGCUGGCGGGAGCAGCUUGGCUCUGCCGUGUUGAACGACGAACAUAUUUCGGAUAUUGAACAUGUAUUCGUGUGUAUACUGCUAAUGUUUACUCAUAUAUAUAAAUAUAUAUACCCAUGUAUAUAUAUAUCGACAAAUGGGCUGGUAGGCCCCUGGCG